AUGAAGGUCACUAUUGCCUCUGCCCUUACCCUCGCCGCCACGGCACAGGCUGCUGUCCAGGGCUUUGACAUCUCGCACUACCAGCCCAACGUCGACUUUGCUGCUGCCAAGGCGUCCGGAGCCCGCUUCGUCAUCAUCAAGGCCACCGAGGGCACCAGCUACAUCGACCCCAGCUUCUCCUCGCACUACACGGGCGCCACCAACGCCGGCCUCAUCCGCGGCGGCUACCACUUCGCCCACCCGGGCCAGACCACCGGCGCCGCCCAGGCCGACUACUUCCUCGCCCACGGCGGCGGCUGGUCCGGCGACGGCAUCACGCUGCCCGGCAUGCUCGACCUCGAGUCCGAGGGCAGCUCGGGCGAGUGCUGGGGCCUGUCCGCCUCGGCCAUGGUCGCCUGGAUCAAGGCCUUCAGCGACCGCUACCACAGCAAGACCGGCCGGUACCCCAUGCUCUACACCAACCCGUCCUGGUGGAAGGACUGCACGGGCAACUCCAACGCGUUCGUCAGCACCAACCCGCUCGUCCUGGCGCGCUACAGCAGCAGCCCCGGCACCAUCCCCGGCGGCUGGCCAUACCAGACCAUCUGGCAGAACAGCGACUCGUACAAGUACGGCGGCGACUCGGACAUCUUCAACGGCAGUGAGGAUAACCUGCGCAAGCUCGCCACUGGUUAG